AUCCCCACGCUUCCAUUCACCAUACACUUCUGAGUUGUGAGUCCUCCACAAGAACUCACAAAAACAAAAACAAAAACAAACAUGACUCCAUAUUUCAUUCUCUCCUUGUUCCUCCACCACCUAGCAUUCCUCUUAGCUGGACCAUUGUGCCGGAAUCUGACCCAUGCCGCCACCGGAGGAGGCAGGUGGACCCUCCUCAAACCCAACAUUGGCAUAACCGCCAUGCACAUGCAGCUCCUCCCCAACGACCGUGUCGUAAUCUUCGACCGCACCGACUUCGGCCCCUCCAACAUCUCUCUCCCCAACCACAAAUGCCGACACGAUCCCAACGACAUCGUUUUGACAUCCGACUGCACUGCCCAUUCCAUUGAAUACGAUGUCGUCUCCAACUCCCUCCGCCCUCUCACCGUCCUCACCGACGUCUGGUGCUCCUCCGGCUCUCUCUCCCCUGACGGCCGUCUGAUUCAGACUGGCGGUUUCAACGACGGUGAUCGUGCUGUCAGAUUUUUCAAGCCCUGUAAUGGUUUUGAUUGUGACUGGCAAGAAAUCAAAUAUGGGUUGAAUAUGGAAAGAUGGUAUGCCACCAAUCAUAUAUUGCCGGACGGUCGACAAAUCAUCGUCGGUGGUCGCCGGCAAUUUAACUAUGAGUUUUAUCCGAAGACCGGCUCGACUAAUCGAGCUUACAGUUUACCCAUUUUAGUAGAGACUAAUGAGCCCAAAAUUGAGAACAACUUGUACCCAUUUGUGUUUCUUAACGUUGAUGGGAAUUUGUUUAUUUUUGCGAAUAAUCGUGCAGUACUGUUCGAUUAUUCGAAGGGUAUUGUCGUCAAGAGAUACCCGAAUAUGCCAGAUGGCAAUCCUCGGAGUUAUCCGAGCACCGGUUCGGCAGUUUUGCUGCCAUUGAAGAACUUGCAAGGACGAGCAAUUCAAGCUGAAGUGCUGGUUUGUGGAGGUGCACCAAAAGGAUCCUACACCAGCGCUCGAAUGGGUCAAUUUGUCGGAGCCUUGAAAACAUGCGGGCGGAUCAAAAUAACCGACCCAUCUCCCCAGUGGGUUAUGGAGACUAUGCCUCUGGCUCGGGUCAUGGGUGACAUGGUAUUGCUUCCAAACGGUGAUGUUUUGAUUAUUAAUGGUGGGUCGGCAGGGACAGCCGGAUGGGAAUAUGGUAGGAACCCGGUUUUAAAUCCGGUUGUUUACCAUCCCGAUAUGGCAAUUGGGUCGAGAUUUGAUGUCCAAAACCCGAGCACUGUACCCCGGAUGUACCAUUCCUCGGCAAUUUUGCUUCGUGACGGUCGAGUUCUUGUUGGUGGUAGUAAUCCUCAUGUUGCUUACAAAUUUAAGGGUGUCCUUUUUCCCACUGAAUUAAGAUUGGAAGCUUUUUUGCCAUCGUAUUUGGAUUCAGGAUCCGUUAAAUUGCGUCCAAAGAUUAUUUCACCUGCUUCUCAAAUCAAGUUUAGGUACGGUCAACAGAUUACGAUUCAAUUUACAGUAGCUGGUACUAUAAAUGGAAAUUUGGUCACCGUAACCAUGGUUGCACCAUCAUUUAACACACAUUCAUUUUCCAUGAACCAAAGAUUAUUGGUGCUUGGUGGCGGAAAUGUGAGAAUUAUUGGAAAAUCCACAUAUGAAAUUGGGGUGGUGACACCGGGUUCGGGUAAACUUGCCCCAUCCGGAUACUAUCUUUUAUUUGUGGUCCAUCAACAAAUACCCAGUGACGGCAUUUGGGUCCAUAUACAGUGAAACUUCUCUUUCUUUCAAAAUUAGUGUUGAAUUUGUAGUAUAUAAAAUAUUUUCACUAUUUCUUUUCAAAGAUCAAAACAUAGUAAAAGUAAGUUGUUUUGACAAUUUUUUUUUUCUUGCAAGGAUGGUUAUGAUGUCAUCAAAAUUGUAUUUACAAGAUUAAAUAAAAAAGCUGGAUCUUCAUGUUAUGAAUUGUACUUUACAUGGAUAAUUCUUCCAUGACAUUAAUUAAUAAAAGAUGGUUGUUAUAUAUUA